AUGCAGCACCCACUCGUCUGCCCCUCGACGACAUCGUCAGCGGCUCUUGCUGCUGCCGCCGUUUUUGGCGCGCCCAUUGUGGCCGCGAACAGCGUAGAUACGUACUCGCUGGGCGCCUUUUCGGUCCUCGUCGACCAGGCAGCAUCCUCCGUUGAUGUAUACACGCAGUCCGGAGCCGAAGUGUGGAAAACUCCAUCCGACUACCCCCUCAUCUCCGCCUCUACCGGCCUGACCAACUUCUCCGACUCGUCCGGGAACUUCGAGAUCACAACCAACAUCACCUCGCGCUGCACCUCCCCGACCAUCAUCUCCGUGACCCAAACCAACGGAACAGCAUCCUCCUCCGCCCUGACCCUCUCCGGCGCCUUCGCCGACUCCUCCCCAGCCCAAUGCGCGGACUGGGCCUGGACGCUCACCUUCACCGCCAACACCACCACCACCACGACCUCCUCCCACUCCCGCCUCCACUUCUCCGCCGCCAUCACCAACAACAACAACGCCUCAUCCUCUACCGACCAGCUCCCCUCCAACAUCCACCUCGCCCACCACUCGCCGCGCAACGAGUCCUUCUACGGCCUAGGCGAGCAGACGGGGCUGGGCAACCUGCGCGGCUGGCGCAUCCCCGUGUGGACGCGCGAGGGCGGCGUCGGCCGCGGCGCGCAGCCCGUGACGUCUUACCUCAACGACGACGGCGAGAUUUCCGGCACAUUCGCGGGCGGGUCGGCGCUGACGAGCUACACGGCCGUCGCGUCGCUGGUCAGCAGCCUCGGCCGCUGGCUGGUGCUCGAGGGCGCCGCGUUCUCGCUGUGGGAUCUGGCCAGCAAUGAGACGGGCGAGGCGCUCGUGGACCGCGCGGACGAUUGGCCGGCUGUGGGGGAUAGGAGCGAGGGGAGUGGGGAGGUGGUGGAGAUUUUGUACGAGGGUGCGGCGGUGAGCGGGUUCGUCGGCGUCGCGGGCGAUGAGGAGCGGGAUGGUGGUAGCAACAAGCUGCUCGAGGCGACGGGCGCGCUGACCGAGGUGACGGGCAGGCAGCCGGCGCUGCCGGACUGGGCCUUCGACGGCGCGAUCCUGGGCAUCCAGGGCGGGCAGGAGAAGGUGGAGCGCAUCGUGCGCGAGGCGCUGGCGCAGAACAUGCCGCUCGUGGGCGUCUGGCUGCAGGACUGGAGCGGCACCCGCCUGCAGGCCGGCGCGUACAACAUCUCCAUCAGCCGGCUGUGGUGGAACUGGGAGCCCGACGCGGAGCUCUACCCGACCUGGGCCGACUGGGUGCCGCACCUGCAAGAGGAGUACGGCGUCAGGACGCUGAGCUAUGUCAACACGUUCCUGGCGAAUGUCAGCGCCAAGUCGUCGGGCCACAACAGGUCGUUCUACGAGGAGGCGGCUGCUGGGGGCCGCUUCGUGGUGAAUGCUACGGCCGGCGAUGGCUCGCCGUGGAGGCUGACCAGCGGGCCGGGCAUCGAUGCCGGGUUGCUGGACCUCUCGAACGAGACGACCGUCCAAUGGUUCAAAGACUUGUUCAAGCAGCAGUACUAUUCCGUCCCUAUUUCUGGAGCCAUGCAAGACUUCGGAGAGUACCUCGACGUCGACUCCACCGUUAGCAUCUCCUCAGGCACCGUCUCACCGCGCCUCUUCCACAACGAAUACCCUGCGACGUGGGCCAAGCUGCUGCGCGAGGCGGUCGAGGAGCUGGGCGUGGCCGACGACACGAUCGGCUUCCACCGCAGCGCGUCGACCUUCUCGUCGCCGCACACGAACCUCUUCUGGGUCGGCGACCAGAACAUCGACGCGACGCGCGAGGACGGCAUGCGCGCCGCCGUCAGCAGCGCGCUGCACGUCGGCUUCUCCGGCUUCGCCCAGUCGCACGCCGACGUCGGCGGCUACACCAACACGCUCGCGACCGUCGGCAACAUCACGCGCUCCGCCGCCCUGCUCGGCCGCUGGGCCGAGUCCGUCGGCGCCUUUGGCGGCGCUGCUUUCCGCACCCACGAGGGCAAUAUCCCCCAGGUUAAUGCGCAGACGUACACGAAUGCCAGUACGCUUGCGUAUCAUGCGUACAAUGCGCGCCUCUUCGCUAGCGUCAAACCGUACCGUAAGGCUGCUCUGGAGGAGUACCGGCAGCGCGGCUGGCCGUUGCUGCGGCACCCGGCUGUCUACGCGCCGAAGGAUAGCCUCGCUGUCGCGGUGGUCGAUGAGGUCUUUUGGCUCGGCGAGGCGGUGCUGGUGGCGCCCGUCUACGACAUCUACUCGCAGCGCUUGCCGGUGUAUCUGCCGCAGAUUGAGAUCGAUAGUGAAGGCGUGGCGGUGGAUGGUAUGCAGUACAAGCAUCUUUGGACGGGCGAGCUGUUCGAGCCCGGGAAGACGAUUGUGGUGGAUGCGCCGUGGGGCAAGCCGGGUGUGUUCGUCAGGUGGCCAUUGAGGGAUGGUGAGGAGGAGCUGUUGCAGGGACUUUUCGACUUUGUGAAGAAGGAGAAUGGGACGGUUUUGACGGCUUGA